ACCAGUGAUGAAAAAAUGUUGUAUGCAUUUUGUUCUAAUUAUUUUCGUUGGUAAAUUAAAUACUUAAAAUAACAGCGAGAAGGAACUAUCCGUAGAACCGUGAGCUCUACCGGAACUCUAGAUUGUAACACCGGCGGAAGAGCGGUGGUUUUGAGCGAACACGUAAUACUUGAGCAGAGAUUCCUUUGAGGAGGACGGUUCUGUUGUUUACUUUCUUUUUCCUCUUCAACAAUGUCUAAAGUUAAUCACCUGAGAGAGUUUAUCGGUCAGCGACUAACAGCAGCUGCUGUAGAAAUAUUCUCAGUUUUUGAAAAAAACAUCUUGGAGUAUGAAGAAGAGCUGGACCGUCAGCGCAGACUGUUGGACCUCGCCUGGAAACCUGAAAUCAGACUAAACAGAAUCGACCUCCCACAAGAAAAUGUUUGUAAGGUGGAGGAGUACGGGGUUUUCAGUGACCAGCACCUCGAUAACCUGGAGAGGAGCUGCAGCCCGGACCAGGAGGAAUCAGGGAAUCCACAGACUACAGAACUGGAGGAAGACUCCAGCGGUCAGGAGAGGAAGCAGGAGGACGUAGAGGUGGAUGUCUCAUUGGUCAAUCUCGCUGAUGUGAAAGUUGAAAAUGGUGAACCAGGACCAAACUGUGACCAGCUGCUGUUGCAUACUUCUCCUGAAGCUCAAAACAAAGAUGAGGAAAGAACUGAAAGUUUACGCUCAGACUCCAGUAAAACUGCAGAUCUGGAGCCAAUGAGACAACACGGUGACCACGAAGACACUGCUGUCCCGUCAGUCGGCAACUGUAAAUCGAAACUGACCAGCACCCACACGGGGAAGAAGGCAUUUUCUUGCAGAACUUGCAGGAAAGAGUUCAGUAAAAGUAGUAUUUUAGUGGAACACAUGAAGAUCCACACUGGCGAAAGGCCGUACCUGUGUAACACCUGCGGAAAAUGGUUUAGAAAAUCCUCAACAGUCGAGAAGCAUAAAAUGAUCCACAUGGGCAAAAAGCCCUACGUCUGUACAGCAUGUGGAAAAAGUUACAGGUAUAAUUCCAGCCUGCUGGUUCACUCGAGGACCCACAUUGGCAAAAAGCCGUACCUGUGCAACACCUGUGGCAAAACCUUUACUAAUUCAUCAAAUCUGAAACGCCACAUAACCACACACAUGGGCGAGAAGCCCUACAUCUGCAAAACAUGUGGAAAAAGUUACAGUCUACGUUCCACCCUGUGGAUUCACUCAAGGACCCACACAGGCGAAAGGCCGUACCUGUGCAACACCUGCAACAAAACCUUUACUACUUUAUCACAUCUUAAAACUCACAUAACCACACACAUGGAAGAGAAGCCCUACGUCUGCAAAACAUGUGGAAAAAGUUACAAGCGAAGUUCCAUCCUGGUGAUUCACUCGAGGACCCACACCGGAGAAAGGCCGUACCUGUGCAACACCUGUGGCAAAACCUUUACUCAAUCAGCACAUCUUAAAACCCACAUAACCACGCAGACGUGCAGGCGGUAUUUGUGCAGGACGUGCAACAAAGGUUUUAGCCGCAGAAUUGAUUUACUGAGUCACAUGAAAGUUCACCUGGAGAAGAAGUCUGGUGACUCGUGACAAAUAAAGCUCAUGUUGUCCUCCGGGGGCAGCUGUCCACUCCUGUCUGACCCACAGAAGAAGAGACGAAGAAGUCCGACCACCACCUGCUGUGGCUGAUGAGCCUAAUCCCCUCCCCACAAGGGUUGCAGGUUCAUCCCGGAUUUAUGCUUCUCCAUCAACUUGACGCAGAGGGAACGAUGUGGUUUUGUUUUUUAUAAUCGUAUUAUUUGUUGCUGUUGGUAACUUGCCGUCUCCACGGUGCAAAUAAAGAACUGUUAGUAUGUGCUGAAGUUUCAUUAAACGUGUCGGUUUAUUUCGUUAAUCUACAAAGCCUCUCUCACACGUCCUUUUUCCCGUCUCUUACUUCGUCUCUCUUUGUAAAGUUAAUCUGCAGCUCCAUGUUGUUAAACUCUCUCCAUCUGCUCCGUUCAGAGGUUAGUCCAAGUUUGAUAUUUUUACAUGUUCAGUUUUUACAACGUUCCUCUGAAAAACAUGAAGAAACUGCAGAGAAACGAGGACAGAAGAAGAAACGGAACCAUUAACAAAUCAGAAAACAGAACAGCCAACCAUUUGUCACCAUUUUAUAAACUUUAAUGUUUGCAACAUUCAACAAAAAACCUUGACAAUUUCAGAAGUCAGUGCAGUCAGAUACGGUUUGCUUUUAGUUCCCCUUAUUUUUUUUUACUAUUAUUUUACCUUCUUUUCUCAUUAUUUCAUUUUAUUUGCUAUUUACUGUACAAUUAUGUCUUGCUGCUUUUAAUGUCGAUAUAAAGCACUUUGAAUCA